CAGAGACAAAAAGCGCACGCUGGGAUGGGUGGAAGAUGGUUUGUCGUCGCACCCUGAGAGACUUGAUAUCAAAAGACGAGCUAAACGGCCUCCAGUACUUGAUCGAGCCUUCAUGCGAGCACACUCCGAUGUUCAUAUGUAUGUGUGGAUCCAUGACAGUGAGUGUGUCAAAAUAUCUAUCAAUGUGAAGUGAGCAUUCUCUGAUAGAGCAGAAGAGAAAAGUCCUAAUCAGAAAAUGAUACUUCAAAUUUCAACCCUCUGAUUGCUACAGAAACCCGCUGAUGAGCGCCAGUGACAGUACAAGUGACAUGAUGAGUGUAAAUGACGGAGUCGUCUCAUCGUUAUCGCCAUCCUUGCCACUUCGAAUGAGAAAUGGCCGAGUCAUGAUGCUUUUUCUCCUGACUUUAACCGCGACCUCGCUAACAUCAUCAGUCAAAGGUCUGAGUUUGGAUCGACGGACAAAGUAUGGUUGUGAAGGAACCACCCUGGAGAUCCGAUGCGAGGCUGGAACCGUCAUUAACCUGGUCCGGGCCAACUUUGGCCGCUUUUCCAUCUCCAUUUGUAAUGACAUUGGCAACACAGAUUGGAGUGUGAAUUGCAUGGAACCAAGGACCCUCCGAGUCAUCAAUUCAAGAUGCAAAAUGAAACCGAGGUGCAAGAUCCCGGUGGACGCCGCCAUUUUCGGUGACCCUUGCCCCGGAACGAACAAAUACGUAGAGGUACACUACACCUGCCAACCCGUGAAACAGGACAUGGCAGGACCUUGGCGCUGAGAAAUCCAAUGCCUUUGCCACGGCUCUAAUGGUGGGAAUCGAGGAGAGUGCUCUCUUGUUGGCUCAGACCAUCAACAAUGAGAAGAAUUUGAUGGAAUCCACUAAUAACAUCUUGGCCUCCAUUCGUGUGCUGAGAGCUCGGGAAGUGAGUGAUCAGUUAUUUCCUGUCAAUCGCGAUGAUGAGAGCGAUACCGUAAACUCAAGCGAAGAAAUCUCGUGGCUCCAAGUGGCCACCAAGAGUCUGGUCGAAACCAGUGAAAACGGAGCUGUGAGAAUCGUGUUCUUCCUGUAUGAUAAUCUCGAAAAACUGCUGCCUGGACUCGGCACCAAGCGGAUCAAUUCCAAAGUGCUUGGCGCUUCUGUUAAUCAAGGCAGGGCGAUUCACCUCAAGCACCCGGUAUUGUUCACCCUGUAUCAUUUGAACCCGCUGGAAGUUUGGGAUCCCGUGUGUGCCACGAACCUCAUGCCGCCUCCGGUGAGCUCUCCCCACAUUUCUCCACCAUAAUCGUCAUAGUUCUGGCCGUGGUUUUGGCCAUUCUCUUGCUCAUUGUGGUGUUCAUAGUGAUCCGACGGUUCGAUCUGAAGCCGCGCGUUCAGAAAUUUGUGCAGGCUAAUAGUCCAAACGGGAUCUUUCGAUGUAAGAAGAGUGAGAGCACGACCAGCUCAUGUGGCUUUUAUCCCCCUCUGACUUCAUCUCCAACCUCGACCACUGUUUCGAGUGGCACGCCCACCAAUCAGACUUAUUUGGAACAGGUUCUGAAGGCAGCUCACAAUAACUCGGACUUCCAUCAAAUCAAACCUCAGCAACCUGGCCCGCAACAAAUGCCUGCCAGUCAGUCUCAUCCGAUGGUGAAGGGAGCUCCCGUUCAACGGCCUGUCUUCCGCGGGACCCCCACUGGGCGUCAUCUGAUUGCCUUGAACCAGUGCGACCCGUAUGGGCACCAUAUCUAUAUGGAAAUCGACCCCGUCUAUGCUCAUCUCGACUCAUCAGAAACGGCCGUUUCUGAUAUACAGUUGUCAGAUAUCUCGGAUGAUGACCUACGCUUACGAAGCAGUCACCCCCAGCGCUUCGCCGAGGAGAGACCUCUCAUUAGAAGCAAUCAUAUCCGACGGAAUGGUGAGCCCAAUCAUGAUGGGUCUGGUUUCCAGAAAACUGGUUUAAGAAACCCCCAUCACCAGCAUCAAUUCAUGACAACCCAUCGCGGUGGUGGCGACGGUGGCGUGGCCACGGUGAGCAACAGUGCCAAUAGUUCCUUUCGAAUGGCCCAUACGGCCCAACGUCGGCCCGGUCAUAGGCCCCUGAUUUACCCCGUGGUGUCGGGAGCCAACGGUCGUCCCUCGGUCAGUCUGGAGGCCCCAAUCACAAUUGCCUUACAAGGAGGCGACCAAUUUGUAAGCUUGAAAAUCGAUCCUGAAGCGAAACAUGAAGAUCAACAUCCUUCCAGUCGAUCCAUUUAUCAUUAAUAAUGACGUGGUUGGUGGUGAGGAUCGUUCUUCACUUGGUGAAGUCGAUCCCAUUCAUUAUUCAUACAUGCAGUUGAAAAAAAAGUAAUUGUCAAAACCAUCAUCAGUCGUAUUGUGCGUGUAUGCUAGUAGUGUUUGAAGUGAGUUACUCUCUUUUAGUAUCUGUGAUAAAAAAAAUCCUCAAUUACCAAAAUAAAUCGUCCUAUGACUUGUUUAACCUUA